UCAGCAAUGAAAAACCACAGCACAGUAACAACUUUUAUUCUUCUUGGACUGACUGAUAAUCCACAAUUACAAGUGGUCAUUUUUCUUCUCCUUCUUUUCACCUACAUGUUGAGUGUCAGUGGGAAUCUAACCAUAAUCACCCUCACCCUACUGGACUCUCAUCUAAAGACACUGUAUUUCUUCCUCCGAAGUUUCUCAUUUUUAGAAAUUUCAUUCACAACUGUCUGCAUCCCCAGAUUUCUCGCCAGUAUGGCAACAGGUGAUAAGUCCAUUUCUUACAAUAGUUGUGCAACACAGCUGUUUUUUACUAUUGUCUUGGGUGCAAUUGAAUUUUUUCUUCUGGCUGCCAUGUCUUAUGACCGCUAUGUGGCCAUCUGCAAACCCCUGCAUUACACCACCAUCAUGAGUGACAGAGUCUGCAACUUGUUGGUCUUUGUUUCAUGGUUGGCUGGUUUUAUAGUAAUUGUUCCACCACUCCUUGUGGGUCUCCAGCUAGAUUUCUGUGCAGACAACGCUAUAGAUCAUUUCUUCUGUGAUUUUUCUCCUAUAUUACAGCUCUCUUGCACAGACACAAACGUAAUAGAUUUAAUGGCAUUUCUCUCAGCCACUUUGACCCUCCUGGUUACACUGAUAUUAGUGAUUCUCUCCUACGCAAACAUCAUCAGGACUAUACUGAAGAUACCUUCUUCUCAACAGAGGAAGAAAGCCUUUUCUACAUGUUCUUCUCACAUGGUAGUUGUGUCCAUUUCAUAUGGCAGCUGCAUUUUCAUGUAUGUGAAACCCUCUGCAAAGGACAGAGUAUCUUUAAAUAAAGGGAUAGCCCUGCUCAGUACCUCUGUUACCCCCAUGUUGAAUCCCUUCAUUUAUACACUGAGAAACAAACAAGUGCAAGAUGCUUUUAAGCACAUGAUCAAAAAGAUUGAGAUUUUCUCAGUGAAGUGA